ACACUAUAAUGGAGAUAGUCAUGACAAUUUAAUGCCAGUGAAUUGUUUAAUGUCAGUUGUGAAAUACAUUCCGGAUCAUCCCUAUAAACAAGAAUUUUACUGAAGGAGAAAAAAAUCAUUCAGAAACAAUCAGUCCUGACUGUAAUGGACCGUCUUGUACAGGCUUGCAAAUUGUGUGUUAAUUCCAGUGCCGGCGCCGUUCUCUCUCACAUUCUGAGGUAAUAAAUCAUCAUUAGUCAAGAUGUCUUCAGCACCUGAGCCUCCAGCCUUUAAAAAUGAACCACCCAAAGAGAAAGACUAUCGAAACCCAGGGCUCAGAGGGGUCCAGACGACAACUUUAUUUCGAGCUGUGAAUCCAGAGCUCUUCAUUAAACCUAACAAACCUGUAAUGGCUUUCGGAUUGAUAACCCUUUCGCUAUGCGUGGCUUAUAUUGGUUAUCUACAUGCAACACAGGAGAAUAAAAUGGAACUCUAUGAAGCUAUUGAUAGUGAGGGACACAGCUAUAUGAGGAGGAAAACAUCUAAAUGGGAUUAACAGUGCUGGUUACUAUGGAUUGAGCUAUGUUAAGGGCUCUGGAACCAUUAAAUGAUAGACUUUAUGAAUACACAGUAUCAUGUUUCUUGUGCAGUUGCAACCAAACCACUGUAGUAAACUUUGCAUUUUCAGAGCUGCAGCCAUUAUCUCAUUCUCUUUCCACAGAAAGUUUCUCAAUGUAUUUUUUUAAAUUAAGGUCUCUUGUACAAGUGCCAUGACAGUGAAAGUUAUUUUUGUUAAUUCUAUGUAAUAAACGUACCCAAUGUUGUUAAAUCGCAUGGUAUUUUUAAUAUUUUAAGGUGAAUUGUGCAUUUGCCAUUGUUGUGAGGGUUCAGUUGUUUUGAUUUGCAAAGGAGAAAUAUUUAUUUUUUACCUGGGCAUAGAACCUAUAUUUGUGAAGAAAAAAAAAUUACUGUAAAUUAUUGUAAAACCUGCCGUCAAUGUUAAAGACAAAUAGUUUAUAGAGUCACAUAUGGUUCAUAUAUUUUAGUUUUCCAUUUUCCAUUUCAGCUAUUUUUCAUCCACAAUUUUAUUUUAAUUGAAAAGAUACUCACACUCAUCUACUAAGACCAAGAUUAAAUGAGAGAAUAAUCCAAUGUAAUUGGAGUAUUUCUUUAAAAAGAAAAAGUACGUUAUACUGAGGUAUGGUGUUUUUAUUUGACUAUAGCUGUUAAUCUAUUUUAGUUUUUGUAAAUUAAUGCCACAGUGAUAUAAUAAACACAAGACCAAAUGUUCUUACAGUUAUUUAAAAGGUAGAACUACUCAAUAGAUAAGAAAGUCUCCUUACUGUCCUGGGUUUACCUUACAUAAUUUAAGUCUUUCUGACAAGGGUUCUGGACCUGUUUUAUUUCUAGAUAUUUACCCCAAUCUCUGAAUCAUUGUAAUUAGGGCUCAGUAAUAAAUCUCAUCUCUGAAAUUUUGUUUCAUUUAUUAUUACCACGUAAUAAUAACUGCACAGAGUUUAUCAUCAUAAUGUAAGUUUUUACUUUCUAGAACGUUAUUGUAAUUUUGCAAAGAUACAUGAAAAUGCAAUUAUGUCUGAUUUGUAAAUAUUAAGGAGCUUAGCUAAUUGAGUUACCUAUAUACAAGUAAAUUAAAUCUUUAUUACUGAGCCCUAAAUAUUUCUUGCUUUGUCUCUCUACAUAGUACAUAGUUGAAAAUGCACUUGGGUGAUAUAAAAUGUCUUUUAAUUUAAAGUAUUAUCUUUUGGUUUUGGUUUCCCUGUGGACUUUGGUUAAUGAACUUGAAUUCUUUUUCAGUUUUAACAUUUAGUGUCACAUUGUUGUCUUUUAUAAUUCUUCUAGUAUUCAACAAAAUGAGUUGAUAUUUGGUGGGGGAGAUAUUAGGUGAACUAUCAAGAGAUUAUCACCAAAAAAAA